AUUGAUCUUGGUGGCUGAUGAUAUAAUAUAUACUAAUGCAUUUGAACCAAAAGAAGCAGCAAAGGACAUACCUAGGACAGGUUUUUCCUUUAUCAAGAAUUAUACUAUAAAAUAGACGACGUCAAGGUACUUUAUAAUCUUGGCCAAGAUGGAUCUUGGUUUAGAGGAGACUGCACAACCCUCUACUCAUGUUAACAUGAUAUCGACUAAGAGAAAAGAGCUUGUUUCCAAUGUUAUGAAAAGGACCUCCGAAUGGAUUUUAUCCCAGAAUAUCCCAAGUGAUAUAACUGUUCAUGUUGGAAGAACUUCCUUUACUCUGCACAAGUUCCCACUAUUCUCAAAGUGUGGAUUCAUAAGGAAGAUCGUCUCAAAAACCAGUGAUGCUAAGCUUUCUGCAAUUGAAAUCCCUGACCUUCCUGGUGGAGCAGAGGCAUUUGAAUUUGCAGCAAAAUUUUGUUAUGAUAUAAACUUUGAGAUAAGCUCAGAAAACAUUGCAUUGCUUAGAUGUGUGGCAGAAUAUCUUGAGAUGACAGAUGACUAUGCAGCUGGAAAUUUGGUAGGAUUAACAGAGGCCUACUUAAAUCAAGUAGCACUUAAGAGCAUUGCAAGUUCAGUUUCCAUUUUGCACUCUUCAGAAAAGCUUCUUCCCAUUGCAGAAGAUAUAAAAUUGGUAAACAGAAGCAUAGACACAAUCGCAUACAUAGUAUGCAAGGAUAGCCAAUUAUGUAAGUCAGGUAGAAUAGAGGUUGACGUUAAUGGCUUGACUUCCUCCACAUUUUCAAAUCGGAAGCCAAGUGUUGAUUUGUGGGCUGAGGAUUUAACUAUCCUAAGAAUUGAUUUUUUUCAAAGGGUUUUGAUUGCCAUGAUGGCAAGGGGAUUCAAACAGUAUGCACUUGGGCCAGUAUUGAUGCUAUAUGCGCAGAAAUCCCUUCGAUGUUUGGAUACAUCAGGAAAUGGGAGGAAAAAGGUUGAGGCAAGAAAAGAACAUGAAAAAAGGGUUGUUUUAGAAACCAUUGUUAGUCUAUUGCCGAGGGAGAAAAAUGCCUUGUCAGUUAGCUUUCUCUCAAUGCUUCUCCGAGCUGCAAUAUAUCUAGAAACCACAGUUGCUUGCAGGGUCGAUUUGGAGAGGAGAAUGUCAUUGCAACUUGGACAGGCCAUAUUAGAUGAUUUAUUAAUUCCUUCAUAUUCAUUAACUGGAGACACAUUGUUUGAUGUUGAAACCGUGAAACGUAUUAUGAUGAAUUUUCUAGAGUAUGAAAUGGUGGGAAAUCGAUUAGGCUUCAUCAACGAAGAGAAUGCGUCUCCAUCGGCAAGUGACAAGAAGAAAGUUGGGAAACUCAUGCAAGAUUAUCUUGCUAAAAUAGCCUCUGACAGUAAUCUCUCUGUAUCAGAGUUUAUUAGUGUUGCUGAAGUCAUUCCAGAGCAAUCAAGGAUCAUAGAAGAUAUGAUGUACAAAGCCAUUGACAUGUAUUUGAAGGCACAUCCAGCUCUAAGUGACAUUGAGAGGAAAAUAGUUUGCAAGGUUAUGAACUGUCAAAAGCUAACUCGAGAAGCUUGUGCACAUGCUGCUCAGAAUGAGAGGCUCCCUGUUCAGACUGUUAUGCAAGUACUUUACACCGAGCAAAAACGCCUUCGUGAAGUUAUGGAUGUUAGUCUAGUAGGGGCAGAUCUUUCUUCUCUUCCAUCUAAAUUCUCUACUGACAUUCCCCUUGCUACAGAUGAAGUCUCAAGUCUGAAAAGAGAAAAUCAGGAUCUAAAAUUUGAGCUAGUGAAAAUGAAAAUGAAAUUGAAAGAUACCGAAAACUGUGAUGACAAAUCAGCUGCUAGCACCCAUUUGGGGAUCACUACUCCACCUUCGGAUAAGCCUCGUUUGCCAAGAAAAUCUUUCAUAAGUGCAGUAUCCAGAAAGUUUGGGAAACUGUAUGAAUCAUUUGGAGCUGAUGAAGUCAUGAUGUCAUCGCCCAGCAAAGAGAAAAAUAAACCGAGUAGAGAUAGGCGUUAUUCCAUAUCAUGAUGCAGCUAUGUUUGAAGUAGAUUGCACUAUCUGAAUUCUUGAAAAGCUUUAAUGGAUUAUCUAUAUUUCUA